AUCAGUUACUCGCCUAACGUGUUAGGAACGAGAGCCGCUGAAGAUAGAAGCGAUUCAGAGACCAAAGGGGCACAAAGUCUGCAUGUGUGUCAAACAUAUUUCUGUCGUCUUAAUUUGAGUUUAAUUGCUCCUGAUGUUUUCUAGCUCCUCUGUGACAAGCGGAAUUUUCUACAUAUGAAGUUGAUUAAGGAGAAAAACACACAAGAGAUCUAAGAUCUACGCAUAUUUUCUGUUUGGAUUAUUGUUUUUUUGCAAAAAAAAACGACAUCCUACCCAAGUGAAGUGUAGAGGUUGUGAACUUUAAUUAGUGUAAGUUGUCUGUGGAAGAGACAAUGAAAAAUUCAGAACAUCUCCAAUGUGAGCAGAUUCCAGGGAACGUAAAAUAAUGGAAUUAAUUCACAGUUGGAUGAUGGUGGUUUUCACUUUUAGUUCGCUGUCGACAGUGACGUUUAUUUCAGGAUAUACACAGGUUCCCUAUUUCCACGAGACGGAACCAAACAUUACAGUUCACACAGGACAAACAGCGAUUCUACGGUGCACAAUAGAAAACCUGGGUCCUAAAAUGGUGGUCUGGCGCAAACUCGGUUCCGGAUAUCCACUAACAAUUGGUGAAAUGAUCUUUCCCGCUAAUGAUAAAAUCGACCUCCAACAGAAGAAAGACUGGAUGGGCCGGGAUCAUUGGAACCUGGUCAUCAAACGGGUGGAUCCAAGCGAUGCGGGGCAGUACGAGUGUCAAGUCUCUUCCUCUAAAUCUUUCGUGUACCUGGUGCAACUAAACGUAAUAGAUUCCCCACCGGAGCCUUCACCAGGCUUGACAUUAACAGGAAAAACUAUUGUCAAUCAUAAUGAACGUAUCAACCUCACAUGUUUGGUUAAAGGAGAAAGUCGUGCACCUGAAGAUGUGGACUGGUUUUUUAACGGUGUGAAAAUAGUCCCUGGUAGCAGCAGAUGGCGUAAUAGGGUUUACAUCACGCGAGAACGGGAACCUUACAAACGAGAGUUUAAAAGUCAUCUAAUCAUCGACAACAGUCGUUUCAGUGACCGGGGUGUGUUUGUGUGCAGAGCUAGUGCUGAUCUUGUGGAGAGCGAGUCAGUCACUAUUCUAGAGGCUCCGACUCUAAAGCCCAAGAAGAAUAGAGAUGUCACAGGCAAUAAUCACGGAAAGUUCGUUUCGGAUCGAAAGAAUGGUUCAAGCAACUCGUUGCAAAGUUCUUGUGUUCAUUUAACAUUAAUAAUUCAAUUGAUAGCACUAACAUGGACUAGUUGACACGAGCUGUUUUUUUCAUGAAAAAAGUGCCUUCGUCUGAGCAAAAAAGGGACAUCAACAUUCGUCCAUUUUCUCCACCCACCUGUAUGCCGAGCCCGAGGUAUAAAGGAUGCUGUCCCGCCGUGGUGGUUUUCAUUCAAGUGAUCAAGAUUCUGGAUUUAUGAAAUAUUUAUGCGCUUUUCAAUCAGGAUUAGUGUUUUUACUGCCAGUUAAGGUGCGAACUCAGCAAUGGCAGGGUAAUUACAUGUGAACGGAAAUGUGUACUUUUGAAGUGUUUUUGUUGCGCUUUCAUUCAAGUCCAAACCCUACCAUAGAGGGAAUUUUUAAUCAUGAAUUUGAAUGAACUGUCUAUAUUUCAUUUUUUUAUGUACAUAGACUCAUUAAGAUUGUUGUUUAUAUUUUUCGCACAUCAUUCCAUUUCAAUGUGACAUUUUAUAAAUAAUUCAUGAUGAUGAAUACCAACAUCUGGUUCGAAACAGCACUACAGACCCUUGUGUAUUAAUGUAAUGGAUUUUACAGUCGAAGUGAUGUACCCAUUGACAAUACACAAGCAUCAAAGUUCUCAAAAAUAAAUUAAAACAUUAAAAAUUUAUGGCAAGGGUAAAAUAUAAGUUAAGAUAAACAGUAUUAGAUAAUUACAUAUGAACAAAACUGAACAGCUAUCAUUUACAGAACAGUAAUUUUUUUUGACAAGUUUGUACAUAAUGAAAUUGGCAUAUAAAUAUUGUGUGUAUAAUAUAUUCUAAGCAGACAUGCAUUGAGAAACUAAUUAAUUCUUCUUGUGGGGGAAAAAGAUUUAUAGUUCAUGUAAAAUAAACAACAAUAAUUAUAAAACUAAAUUUAGUUCAUCCUUAAUCCUGAGAGUAGACGUACUGUUGUAAUUGAGAAUCAAAGUACUUGUUUGAACUCUUUCAAAAUAAAAAUGUUAAUUUUAGAAUUGUAACUUAUUUCCAAUCUGAACAAAAAUGUAUACAUGCAGAAAAAAGCGUAGAUUUUCUGAAUUAGAGAGUGUCAGGUGCAGAUGAUGCUUCUAUA